UACAACACUGAGAGAAGGCAACCUUUGAGCAUGCCGCCCGUGGCGUGGGUGUUGGAAGGGGCCGCACUGAGCCUGUCUCGGCCUCUGGAGUUACGGUCAGUGCUUUCGACGUCGUGGCUGCUGCUCUGUAUCGAGAGAAACCCAGAUCAGGCAGAGUUAUUGUCCAACAUACUAACGUCUCCAACAAGUGCCAUGCGCCGUCGAUCUGAGUCUCGUUUUGGCCUGAAGGCGGAAUGCAGAACAGGUGCAGAACAGGCAGUUUUGACGAGAAACAAUUAUUAGUUGUGCUCGUGAGGAGCUGUCAAGCAUGCUACCGAAACCACCGUUGACUUGGUAGCCAUCACGUCUAAUCCUUCAGAAGUCAGGUGCCAGCACAACGACUCACGUCCUCAGCGGUCCGGUGAGUCGAAGAAUUGUCAACAGACAUAGCUAAUAAUAGCACGAAUAAUGACAGAUCUGACGGUUCUGCGGUAACCUGCACAAGACGUCCCCUUCACCCAGACCAAUGCGCUGCUAGCCGUCAUCGCGAACAGGAUCGCUAGUCUAUUCUCACCGAACAGUUUAUACCUCCUGGGCGGUUGCUGUUGGUGCUCAAGUACUAACGUUAGUUGCUGUGUCUGUGUGGAACAAGACGAGGAGGCAGAAUGGCGGCUAGCAAUGGAGGUGCUCGCGCUGGGCAGCUGAUUGCAGUUGGUCUGCUGUUAGUUCUGAGCACAGUGCAUGUUGCAGUUGACGGAAGCGUGUGGGAACCAUGGAGCACAUGGUCGCCAUGUCCGGCUAGGUGCAGAGCUGGUAUUCGAACUCGGCACCGUUCAUGUCAGGUGGCAUGGGCAUUCUAUACCAAUCCAUGUAUAGGAGUCCCCACUGAGCUGGGGGCAUGUCCCUACAGGCAAUGUCCAGUUGAUGGAGUGUGGGAGCCAUGGAGCGCGUGGACAGAUUGUCCGGUUACGUGUGGUGGCGGCAUUCAAACCCGAAACCGCUCCUGUGUGGGACCGUUCUACAAUGGCAAGCCGUGCACAGGAAAGUUUACAGAACAGAAGAGAUGUGCAAGCAUGCAGUGUUCAGUUGAUGGAGUGUGGCAGCCAUGGAGUGCGUGGACAGACUGUCCAGUUACGUGCGGCGGUGGCAUUAAAAUUCGACGACGCUCCUGUGUGGGACCAUUCUACAAUGGAAAACCAUGCGCAGGAAGCUCCAUCAUGCAAAGGAUAUGUGCCGUCACAGAGUGUCCAGAUGGGUGUGAAUUGAUCAGCUGCUACCCUGGUGUGACAUGCACAACUAUACCAGGCUUGGCUCACAUUGGAAUCUGCGGAGAUUGUCUAGUGGGGUACGAGGGAGACGGACUCAACUGCAGCAACAUCAAUGAGUGUGAGGAAGCCCAACCCUGCGCUGAUGACACGCUAUGUCAGGACACCGACGGUGGGUUCCGGUGCUUACCUUGUAUCAGUCUUGGACUGUACGUCGGAGAGAGUCGUGUUGGCAGUGGGCUCGCAGAUGCACGCAGCACCAGCAGCAAGCAGAUCUGCACAGAUGUGGAUGAAUGUGAGAGUGGCACUCACGAUUGCUACGCUCUCUGUGAAAAUACACCGGGUUCCUUUAUCUGUUCACCGUGCCCAGCAGGCUAUGUGGGACGUAGUGGACGUGGUUGUCGUCUGGUGGACGCUUGCGAAGCCAACCUACAUAACUGCGAUAUUGAAUCCAGCUAUUGUGUGCCGAAAGGAGGAUAUGCUUUCACAUGUGAGUGCGUUGAAAUAGGUUACCUCAAGUACAACGGGUUCUGUUUCCGUGAUGAGGACUUGGACGGAGUUCCCAACAUUGCCAACAGCUCCUGUAUCGGAGUCCAGGAGUGGUUAUGCAGGAAGGACAACUGCCCGCAAGUACCAAACCCACAACAAGAGGAUACCGACGGGGAUGGGGAAGGUGAUGCGUGUGAUGAAGAUUCUGACAACGACGGAACUGACGAUAUUUUGGAUAACUGCAGACUUACGGUGAAUCCAUCUCAGAGGGAUAGUGACAAUGAUGGCGUUGGCAAUCAUUGCGACAACUGUGUGUCUACGUACAACCCGGACCAGGGUGACCUCUUUCCAGGCGGUGAUGGGAACGCAUGUGAAUAUGAUGCUGAUCGCGAUGGUGUGCCAAAUAGCCAAGACAACUGCUGGCUUGUAGUGAACAGGUACCAGCAGGAUCUAGAUGGUGACGGAGUCGGUGACCACUGUGAUAACUGUGUUCGUGAGAUAAAUCCAGACCAGGCAGACCAGGAUCAGGAUGUUACAGGAGAUGCAUGCGAUACGGGAGAAGACAGAGACCGAGAUGGUAUCCAGGAUGACCAGGAUGUGUGUCCAUGCACACCCAAUACUGCUCAGGCCGACCACGACCGUGGGUAUGGGGUGCGGGAUCGAGUGAACGACGCAUGUGACGAGGAUGAUGACAACGAUUUGAUACCAGACAGCGAGGAUAACUGUAUAUUGGUCCCUAAUCCGCUUCAAACCACAUCGCGAUACAAUAGGAGCAUCGGCGAGGCAUGUUACAAUGACUACGAUGGUGAUCGGAGAGACGAUGAUGACGACGUUUGUCCAUACAACGCGGUCAUUUGGACCACUCACUUCAAGCUCUACCGCAGCAUUACACUGGAAGAAUCGGCCACUGCGGCACACGGCCUCGCCAACUGGGAGCUGAUCGGUGAUAGGGAGUGGGAGACAUCACAGCCAGGCGACCCGUCGGCCACUAUCAGUCGAUUUGCCUUUAACAACGUAACGUUCUCGUCCGAUGUAUUUGUCAAUUCCAACGAUGGCGACGGCUUCAUCGGCAUUGUGUUCAGCUAUCAGAGCGUUCAGAACUUUUAUGUGGCCCUCUGGAAAAGGACGGCCGAGCGUCGGGAAUUUCGCGGGAGAAGUGUCCUAUCCAGUACCAGUGUGAUGAUAAAGCGCAUAUCAGCCACCAGCUUCGGUAACUUGCGGGAGGCUCUCUGGUCUGAAAAUGACCUCACCGAUCAGGAUGGUGAGUUGGUGUCCAAAGUUCUUUGGAGCGACAUCAAACUGCAGAGGGGCUGGCUCCAUAAGCAGACGUAUCGCUGGGAGAUUCAGCACCAGCCAGUGCAGGGUGUGAUGAGGCUGAUCAUCCACGAGGGUGCGCAGAAGAUAAUCGACUCUGGCGAGCAGUUGUUAGACAGUGAUCCGCGGUUCCGUCUGAACGGUGGUAGAGUGGGGCUGUUUGCUUACGACCAGCAGUAUGCAAGGUUCUCCCGGAUCAACUACAAAUGUGAUGACCUGCACCCCAGCCUACGCUCCCACACCGCACCACCCUGUGACAUUCGCAGGAAUUGACAAGCCUCAGGAAAGAUCCAUUGAUGUCUUCCAUUGCCAGUGAAACAAAGUAGAAGAAAUUAAACGAUCACACUGCAUUUAGAUGCCGAUACAUGAACUUCGAAUUAGAAAAGGGCCCUUUCCAUUCUGCGCCGUCUCUUUAGACCAGGGAGCAUUAAAAAGAAGGACUGACUGAUUUGGACUAAAGUAUUGAGCUUAGUUUGUAGUGAAGGACCUCGAUGAGAUUAUGAAAAGCAGUUGUGUUUUGCUAAUUGCCUAUCUUAUCCCAUACUAGUACCGGAGUCUAUACUCUUCAUUUUCAUGUAUUGAUGCAUUAUUAUACUAGAGAGAGUAGAUUGUUGUUUCCCUUCAGAAAUUUGUUCUUUUCUUUUCUGCCUAUACCCGGUACCCACUUGAUGAGCAGUCUGUGAAAGUACUGGUACAUUCAUGAUACUGGUACUUGCGGAAUAUACAAUGUAGCAUGUUGAUAGUCAGUCCAUGCAUGUUGAUAGUCAGUCCAUGC